AUGGCCUCACUCGGCACGAGACCCACCCUCGCAGACGCACGACCACCCACCGACUCCCUGCGCCGCGACCUCCGCAACGCAGUCCGCUCACUCUCCGACCGCUGCCUCCCCGCCGCAUCCAAAUUCGCAGCAGAACUCCUCGCCGCACUGCCUCCGCCCAGUCGACGCGCGAAUGCACCCACCGCUUCCACCAGCUCAUCGCGAGGAGGAGGAGGAGCAGCCCCACCGUAUCCGACCGCACGCUCUCCACACGUCCACUUCCGCACCUCGACGCCCGUCAAGACUCCGCUCUCGUCUACCUCUCGUCUCGACCCGCGCGAACCAGGCGGGCCGGCAGUUCCGUCGGGUUCGAGGGGCGGACCGGGACUUCCCAGCGUCGAGCGGCAUGGAGGGCGGGACAGUCUCGGGUCUGUGCUGUCGAUGGGCGAAGCGUCAAGCCCAGUUGUCGAGCGAAGUGCGUUCGUCGAAGACGACCGAAUGGACGCGAGCGGGGAGGACUUGCGGUCGGAGAUUGAUCCGCGAGUGAGAGAGGAGUGGGUGCUGCGGGACGAGGACGAGCAGGAUCUGUAUGCGCUUGCGGUCACGUAUGUCCAGAAUCACGAGCUGUUGAGGGCGGCGCAUGUUCUGAGGGAGUGUACGGGGCCAAAGGCGAGGUGGUUGCGUUGCUAUGCGCGGUUCUUGGCCGGCGAGAAGCGUAUACAAGAAGAAGCGGGCGAGCUCCUCGGCGUCAAGGACCGACCGCGGCCAAACCCGUUCACGCAAGAGCUGCUCGACGAGAUGGCAGGGUGGGAAGAAGGUUUCGUCAACUGCGACGGGUACUUGCUCUACCUGAAAUCCCUGCUGCUCCUCUCGCUCCCCCCAAUCCCUCCAGCCGCAAUCCCUCCCCAUCCUCAUCCCUCCUCCUCAGCCUCUCCACCUCCCGCGUCUGACCUCCGCCUCGCCGCGCUCGAGACACUCGUCAACUCGGUCAAGCUCGAGCCGUACAACUGGAGCGCGUGGAGAAAGAUUGCCGAGUGCCUUGACGGGCCUGAGGAGCUCGAAGCGACCCUCCCCUUCCUCCCUCCCUCCAUCCCGCUCCUCUUCUUCUACAUUCACUGCACAUUCGAGAUCCACGCCGCGAGCGACGGGCUGCACGACGUGGUUGACGAGUUGGAAGGGGUGUUUGCGCCCGAGAGUUUGGUUGUGAGGGGGUUGAGAGCGAGCGUUUAUUACCAUUUGCGGGAAUUCGAAGAAGCCGCCAACCUGUUCACCGCGCUGCGCGACUCGGACCCGUACCGCAUAGAAGACCUCGACGUCUUCUCCAACAUCCUCUACGUCUCGGAGAAACGGGCGGAACUGGCGGCGCUCGCGCAGGAGCUUGUCAAGGUUGAGAGGAUGAGACCCGAGGUUUGUUGUUUGGUCGGCAACUACUACUCCCUCCGCCGCGACCACGAAAAAGCGAUCCUCUACUUCCGCCGCGCGCUCAAACUCGACAGGAACUACCUCUCGGCUUGGACGUUGAUGGGACACGAGUAUGUCGAGAUCAAGAAUACGAACGCGGCGAUUGCGAGUUAUCGACGGGCUGUUGAAGUCGACCGGAAAGACUACCGCGCCUGGUACGGCCUCGGCCAAGCCUACGAGUUGCUCGGCGAGCCUUACUACGCACUCAACUACUACAAUCGCGCGACGGCGCUUCGACCGUACGAUGCGAGGAUGUGGAGUGCGUUGGCGACUUGUUACGAGAAGUUGAAGAGGAUCCCCGACGCCAUCCGCGCCCACCAACGCGCCCUCCUCGCCUCCGAACCCGGCGACGGUUCAGACAUCUCCCUCCGAAUCGGCAAGCUCUACGCCGCUCUCGGGCAAGGCGAGCCCGCAGCCGCUUAUCACCGUCGCGCCCUGUCGGACGGCCUACAAGCGGGACUGACGACGGUCGAAUUGGGGAGGGUGUAUGUCUGGCUGGCUAAGUGGGAGAUGAGGAGGAGUGGACUUCAGGCCGGCGCGGGAGAGGGCGCGAGAGCGGCGGUCGGAGACUUGGGGACGGCGGAGGAGUACCUCAAGACGCUGGAGGCGACGCAGGAGUUCAGGGACGAGGCGAAGGCGUUACUCAAGGACCUCGAGGUCUUGCUGUUGAUGCGGGAGUAG